CAAAGGAUUUUAAUUCUCUGAUUCUUCGUCUCUCCCAAAACAAAAAAAAAAACCCUAGAUCGCUCUUCAAAUCUCUUCCUAACGAUUCUCUCUUUCAAGAUGCAAGUUUUUGUGAAAACACUCACUGGUAAGACCAUCACUCUCGAGGUUGAGAGUUCUGACACCAUCGACAAUGUUAAGGCAAAGAUCCAGGACAAGGAAGGCAUUCCUCCGGAUCAGCAAAGAUUGAUCUUCGCUGGUAAGCAGCUAGAAGAUGGCCGUACCUUGGCUGAUUACAAUAUCCAGAAAGAAUCAACACUCCAUUUGGUUCUCCGGUUAAGAGGUGGUAUGCAGAUCUUUGUCAAGACUCUGACUGGCAAAACCAUCACCCUCGAGGUUGAAAGUUCUGACACUAUUGACAACGUCAAGGCAAAGAUCCAGGAUAAGGAAGGAAUCCCUCCAGACCAGCAGAGGCUUAUUUUCGCUGGUAAGCAGCUCGAGGAUGGAAGGACUCUUGCUGACUACAACAUCCAGAAAGAGUCGACACUUCACCUUGUCCUUCGUCUUCGUGGUGGUAUGCAAAUCUUUGUGAAGACUCUCACGGGUAAAACAAUCACCCUAGAGGUUGAGAGCUCAGACACCAUUGACAAUGUCAAAGCUAAGAUUCAGGAUAAAGAGGGAAUCCCACCGGACCAGCAGAGGCUUAUCUUUGCAGGUAAGCAGCUAGAGGAUGGUCGCACACUGGCUGACUACAACAUCCAAAAAGAGUCAACCCUCCAUUUGGUGCUUCGUCUGAGAGGUGGUAUGCAGAUCUUUGUGAAGACUCUAACUGGCAAGACUAUCACUUUGGAGGUUGAGAGCUCAGACACAAUCGAUAACGUCAAGGCAAAGAUUCAAGACAAGGAAGGGAUCCCACCAGACCAGCAGAGACUCAUCUUUGCAGGUAAACAACUUGAAGAUGGACGCACCCUCGCUGAUUACAACAUCCAAAAGGAGUCUACCCUCCAUCUUGUGCUUCGUCUCCGUGGUGGUAUGCAGAUUUUUGUUAAGACCCUUACCGGCAAGACCAUCACUUUGGAAGUUGAGAGCUCAGACACAAUCGAUAAUGUCAAGGCUAAGAUUCAAGACAAGGAAGGGAUCCCACCAGACCAACAGAGACUCAUCUUCGCUGGGAAACAGCUUGAGGAUGGUCGGACACUUGCGGAUUACAAUAUCCAGAAGGAAUCAACCCUUCACCUUGUGUUGCGUCUGCGUGGUGGAAUGCAAAUCUUUGUGAAGACUUUGACAGGUAAGACUAUUACCUUGGAGGUUGAGAGCUCAGACACAAUUGAUAACGUCAAGGCCAAGAUUCAGGACAAGGAAGGGAUCCCUCCGGACCAACAGAGACUCAUCUUCGCUGGGAAACAGCUUGAGGAUGGUCGGACUCUUGCAGAUUACAACAUCCAGAAGGAGUCGACUCUUCACUUGGUUCUUCGUCUUCGUGGUGGAAGCUUCUAAGCUUUUGUGAUCUGAUGAUAAGUGGUUGUUCGUGUCUCAUGCACUUGGGAGGUGAGAUCUUCUUCACCUGGUUAAGUUUCCGUCUGUGGGAAAACCUCUAUGUUCUCAAGUUUCAUUUUCUGUUUUUUUUUCUAUUUUCUUAUGAACCUUUGGUUGCUGUUUCAACUUUUAAUAAUAAUCCAAGUGCAUG